UCUACUUCGAUACCCUUCCAUGGCGCGGUUUACACAAGGACUGCCCAUGCAUGUGGGGCUGCGCGGCGCCCUUGCGCGAUGCAGCAGGGCGCUGAAGCCUUGACCAAGUUGCGCAAGUAGCACCACGUACCAUCACACCAUAUAAUGUGGUGUGCGUGGUGCUGCUCACGCCGACGUUCGAUGCGUCCUGCUGCCCUCAGCUCCGCAUGCAUUCGCGUCGCCUUUGUGACGCUCAGCUCGAGGGGUGUCCCCCAAGUUUCGACGCAAUUUCUCUCGAGGGCCAGCGUUCCUCAGCUUCGCAAGCACUGGCUCCGUCCUUCGGGACACAGAGGCUUGCCCGAACGAUGCCUUAAACUGCUUCAGAUGCAGAAACUUCAAGCGAAAGGUUGACAGCUUGCGCUCGUCCGCACGUCCCGGCAACUUGUGGGCAGCACCCAGGAAUAGCUGCGGUAUUGCCACUUGGUGGCCA